CUUUCCGUCCGCGUGCCCGUGGGUUUUACCUGUGUCUACGCUGAGGGUUUCCAACAGGGAAGAGAAAUGCCAUCAAAAAUCAUUUUUGAAACUGAGGAUCAAGCAAUGGACGAAGAAGUAGACACUGUCGCGGAAACUAAAACCCUAAAGAACAAGACCAAAGAGGGCAAGAAGCUGAAGAAGCAGCAGCAGCAGCUGGAGGAGCAGGAGGAUCCAGAUUGUGAACCUCCUGCACCGAAAAAGAAAAAGAAAAAAGACAAGCUUGCGGCGGACCAAGUGAACGAAGACCUCGAUGAGGCCACUGAUAUGAAUGGCAACAGUAAUGGUGUUGAAACACCAAAGAAGAAGACUAAGAAGAGCACUGAAGAACAGACAGACACAGAGAAAAUCAAGAAGAAGCAAAAGAAGGCAACUGCAGAGGCAGCAACCAAUGGACAUUCCACCCCAAACACCCCAGUUCAGACACCAUCCCAGUCAAGCGAAGAUUCGGCCAGUGACAGCGAAAAAGAAACAGAAGAGACACCAGAGCAGAAAGAAGGUGCAUUCUCCAACUUUAGGAUCUCUAAAGUCACUAUUGACAAACUGAAAGCUCGAGGAGUCUCUUAUCUGUUUGACAUUCAGGUAAAGACAUUUAAUCAUGUCUAUGAUGGAGAGGACGUAAUUGCCCAAGCCCGAACAGGAACAGGAAAGACUUUCUCCUUUGCUAUCCCUUUGGUGGAGAAGCUCCAGAAGGAUUCAGUGGACAUGGCCAGAGGCCGUCCUCCCAAGGUUCUGGUGUUGACUCCAACCAGAGAGUUGGCUAUCCAGGUUGCUAAAGACUUCAAAGACAUCGCUAAGCGUGUAUCUAUCGCCUGUUUCUAUGGAGGCAGCUCCUACAACCCACAGAUUGAUGCUAUCCGUAAUGGUAUUGAUAUAUUAGUUGGAACCCCCGGCCGCAUCAAGGACCACAUCCAGAACAAUAAACUCAACCUCACCAAAGUCAAACAUGUUGUUCUGGAUGAAGUGGACCAAAUGUUGGACAUGGGCUUUGCAGAACAGGUUGAAGAGAUUUUGGGUUCAUCAUAUAAGAAAGACUCCGACACCAACCCACAGACUCUCUUGUUUUCGGCUACCUGCCCACCUUGGGUGUAUGAAGUGGCAAAAAAAUACAUGAGACCCAACUGCAAACAUAUUGACCUGAUUGGCAAGAAAACUCAGAAAGCUGCGACAACUGUGGAACAUCUAGCCAUAGCAUGUCACUGGUCACAGCGUGCGGCAGUGAUAGGCGACGUGAUUCAGGUGUACAGUGGCAGCCAUGGGAGAACCAUCGUCUUCUGUGAGACAAAGAAAGAGGCCAAUGAGCUUUCCAUGAAUGCAUCCAUCAAACAGAGCACCCAGUCUCUUCAUGGUGAUAUCCCCCAGAAGCAGAGAGAGAUGACGCUGAAGGGAUUUAGGAACGGAGCUUUUGAGGUUCUGGUUGCCACUAAUGUUGCAGCCCGUGGAUUAGAUAUCCCUGAAGUUGACCUGGUGGUCCAGUGUUCUCCACCCAAGGAUGUGGAGUCAUACAUCCAUCGUUCAGGACGUACGGGGCGUGCAGGCAGGACUGGAGUCUGCAUCUGCUUCUACCAAAGAAAAGAAGAGGACCAGUUGCGCUACGUAGAAAACAAAGCAGGCAUCACAUUCAGGCGAGUUGGCGUUCCCACCGCCAACGAUAUUAUUAAGUCAUCAAGCAAGGAUGCUGUCAGGUUUCUGGAUUCUGUUCCAGUCGCGGCUAUCGGGUACUUCAGAGCAUCAGCUGAGAAGCUGAUUGAGGAGAGAGGAGCUGUUGAUGCACUGGCUGCUGCCCUGGCCCACAUUUCUGGAGCCACAAGUCUAGAGCAGAGGUCACUGCUCAACUCUGAUGCUGGUUUCAGCACAAUGCAGUUGGUGUGUUCCCAGGAGAUGCAUAAUCUGGGUUACGCCUGGAGAACCAUCAAAGAGCAGCUAGGAGAGGAGAUUGAGAACCACAUUCACAGAAUGACCUUCCUCAAAGGCAGAACAGGAGUUUGUUUUGACGUCCCAGCUGAUAAAGUCAAGGAGAUUCAGGAAACAUGGCAGGACGGUCGCCGUUGGCAGCUCACCGUGGCCACAGAGCUGCCAGAGCUGGAGGAGAAGCAGUUCAGUAACCGUGGUGACAGAGGCUUUGGCAGUGGUAACCGUGGUGACAGAGGAGGGUUCAGAGGCGGCAGGGGAAGGAGUUUCGGUGGAAGCGGUGGCCGUGGCAACGGGUUCCGGAACGGCGGCGGCUACGGCAACAACAGAGGGGGACACAAACGCACAUUCAACCAAGCGUUUGAUUACUAAAGUACUAAUGUGUGGACUGAUAGGACAGACUGUCACUCAGCUGGGCUGGCAGUGGUUCUUAUUGGCUGGCUGGUCAACAUUCUCCAUCAUGAUACAAGUUUAUUUGUGUAAUUUCAUAUAGAAUUCAUUGAAUUACAGAGUUUGAGACAUAAUUUAAACAAAACGUGCUGUCGGAAGAGUAAUACUAAAGCUGCAGUUUACCGUAAAGCUCAAUAUUUGUUUCCUCUGGUCUGUUGUGCAUGUCAUCCAUCUAGAUUUUUUUUUGGCUCAUCUGCACAGGUUUGGAGACGUGCAGCAGAAAUGUCUGCCUUCUCUUUAAUAUAAUGUGACUAAAUUUCACUUAAUCUGGGCUGCUGUUUAAUGUAGGUAGUGUUUUUUUUUUCUUUUUUUUUAGUUCAGAUUUAAAAACAAAAACACAAACCAUUUAGGACAGCACAAGUGUCUCUCAGUCCCGUUAUAUUCAAGAAAAGACGGACAUCUUUACACCACACAUCUCCAGAGUUUGGCAAAACCCACCAAAAUAUUCCAGAUGGAUACAUAGCACUGCAGGACAGGGGAGAUUUUUUUAGGGGGGUGAGCUGUUACUUUAAUUUACAGAUAGUUAUCUAAAAAUGGUUUAAAAUGAAAAUCUGUGUACCAUAUAUACAAAACUAAGACUGGCAGCCAUUUUUGCGAUGCCUGAUGUGUGUUUCUUUAAGGUGGCACUUUAGCUGAAACUUUUGGAAUGACAUUGCAACUAAAUAAACAAGCACCAAAUGUAAUUACUGGUUAUAUAACCUAUAUUGAAAUGUUGGCAAUAUUCAAUAACAUGACCUAAAGUUGGAACAUGUCAUCUAUUGGGUUUUAAGUAAAGUGUUCAUUUUUAUGGGUGUUUGGGGAACAAUGGCAGCAGUCACACUUGAGGCUUUUGUCCAAAAUGGAAGAUGCACAAUCUUGUUCACGUCACAUUUGAUGUACGAGUGUGCUAUCAAACCUGUUCAGUAUGUUGCACUGUCACGUUUGAGAUGCUUCUACUCUGCACCCGCAGAGAACAGCGAUGGUGUUGACCUUUACAAAUGUGCUCAGUGUCAGAUUGCUGCCUUACCCUCAGCUGAAACCUCUCUCCCCAAAAAUAUGUUGGAUGAUUGCUUUGCAAUCGCCUCUAUUUAAUAACUUUUCUCUACUGCUUCCAUUCAUUUGAAUGAAAUGACUUAUUCAUUAAAAAGGUCAAGUCA